AUGGCUUUUUUGAACAGCAGUGGAGGAACACUCACACUCCCUUCGCCGACGUCGGUUCACCAGGUCGAUCCGAUCUCGGUACGGUCACUUCGACGCUCUCUGUCGAGAUCCCCGACGAAGUUCCAUCUGGCCCGGACGAGCUCUCAGGCGUCGCAUACCUCCGACAGCUCUGCCAGCUCUUUUCAGAUCCCAUCGCCCGACUCGCCUUGUCCACAGCCGCAGUUGUCUUACGCUGGCAACGCACUUUCGGCCGCGGCAUCGUCGACAUCGUCCAUAUCAAGCACCAGCACGAACUCGAUCCUUACUGGAGAGGCAGUGCCGCAGUCGACGUCUCUGUUUUCCACACCGCUUCGCCCCGGAGUACGACUCUCGUUGCGCUCAACCCGGCCUAAGACAGCGACAUCAAAGCCAAUUACACGGUUACGGGCUUCACCAAAGAGUCCGCUAAAGCGCGCUUUGAGCGUGAACGCGGACAUGGGGAACGCAACUACGACACCAAUUUCCACUAGCGCCCCAUUGAUAGCCAUGACGGAGCCGGUCCUUGGCAAGGAGAACAACAAGUUCAGCAACUUUCUGCUGUCAUUUGGCUCUGCCGCACGCAACGUCAGUGACAAGUCCUCACGCCACAGCAUGCAUCUCGACCUUUCAGGCGAUGCCCGGCCUGAAGCAUCUAUCCAUGUGAGCCCCCGGAAACGAAGUGAUGCGACUACGGACUUUGAUCAGGCAAGCUUCGGCAGCCCGGUCGCAAAACGUCGCAGCUUGCUCGGUUUUUCUGGCGUUGGUAGCGAUCUAAACGCUUUCGAUUUCGCAUCGCCCAAUUCGAUACAGACCCCGCGAACAUCUUUUGAGGCCCCGACGUCGUUUGAAAUUCACGAUGACAUCAAACAGCCCGACGCAGAGCUCAUUUCUACAACACCGUCCCCCACGCCUGCUGUUGAGCCGGUCUUUUCAACAACGCCCACAACAGCAUCAAAGAGAGCAUCGACACUACGGAAAUCAACUCUCCAGCAGCGCCAUGACCCUCGCUCCUCUUGGGGCCGUCGACAGGGCGAGAAGUACCUAGUCCAGCAGCUACAGCAGCAGCAGCAAUUACAAGAACAACAACUGCAGCAAUUGCAGCAGCAGCAGCUGGAGCAGCCGGGUGAGGCUGAGCCGGAAACGUCGAGACGGUCGUCGGGCGAAUGGCUCUUUUCGGCUUCUCAUAUCCGCAACAAGCCUCGUGCCUCCCUGGAACAGCUCUUGAAGCCGGAACCGCAGGAGAGCCCCUUCAAAAUCAAGAGCGCAUUACCCAAUGCCUCGCAGCUCGUCGUGGACCGUACUUUAGGAGCGACAGGCGUUCCGGCUGGGCCAAGGCCUCACCCGUUAUCCCGCACAUUGACCACCUCAUCAUCAAACUCGAGCUUACCGGACGACUCACCAACACAUUUUCCAGUCCAGCCUCCUCCCGAACGGAGCCGGCCAACGUCUAUAUUUACUCGGUCUCUGCCCCUGAACGCUCACAGGCCACGGCAGGAGUCUGUGUCCACCCCACAGUACAAACUGGCACGUCCGCUACAGUCUGUAUUCGCCUCUGCAGGCCUGGUCUCGAAGAUGAACCGCAGUGCGGAAGACGACGCGCCCCAGCCCCUGGGUGGUCGGCCAAUGAUCAUGCCAGAUACACCGUGCAAGAAGCAGGUGUAUCCUUCCAAUACGUACCCCCCUUCUUCUGGCAGCGGAAGCCGCAAACGGCAGAGCCAGCGCCGGUUUUUCUUUUCAGCAUCGACUGGAGCAGCGACUGAUACGCCGUUCAGCUUGACAAAGCCACGGGAAGCCUCGGCGGACGACACAAACGAGAAUGUCGUCAACUUCUUCAAGCUCAGAACUAGUCAUGCUCGAAGGGGCAGUAUCCUCAGUAUCGACGGCGAUAUUAGCGACAGCCAAGGGGCUGCCGACGCCUUCGAUCUACCGCCGACGCCUACGAAGUCGGUUCUCACCAGGAACAUUUUCGGCAGCGCAAGCAAGGACCGCGAUCGGCCAUUUGCCAGUCGCAGUCUCAACUCGUCGAUUUUCACACCUGUCGCUCACGACCCGAUCAGCAUUGCGAACCGGCAAACCUCUACUCCCCGUGAGAGCCCAUGUAGCAGCUUCAGCUCCGGGAGAAUGUCGCCUAAAACGCCCCGUGAGAGCAGCAUCUUCCACAAUCCGGAUUUUGCUAGCAACAUGGCGCCUCCUGACCCGAGCCGCCUAUCAAUCUCGAAUACGGCCAAAGACACGUUCCCCAACCCGUCUACGUCUACCCGGCUGAGCCCGGCAACGUUCCCGCCAGCAACACCUACAGCUGACCGAGAGGCUUUUGCGCACUUUGUGGACCGUCGUGUUAGCAUCACUCCCGUUCACGGCCACGGUUCAGCGCCGAACGAUGCAGAUGCCGUACUCACCCAUAUGUUUGGCAAGGUGGACUUGGUUGGCAAAGGCGAAUUCUCCCAAGUCUUCCGGGUCACCUCGCGUCAAGAUUCUGACAAUACGCCGAUGGGCUUCGUCAAUGCAACACCUACCAAGCGGGCAAGCACAAUCACACACAGUGCCUCGCUGUCAGCCGGCAAAUUCUUUGCGGUAAAGAAGAUACGACUUCCGUUUUUUGGACAGAAAGAACGCCAAGCAAAGCUGCGUGAAGUAGCCGCCCUCGAGGCAGUUCGCGACCAGGAAAACGUUCUUCAGAUCUUCGACCAUUGGGAACAAAAUGGCCACCUCUACAUUCAAACAGAAUUCUGUGAGGAGGGCGGCAUGGACAAUUUUUUGAAAAAGGUCGGCGAGAACGGCCGUCUGGACGAUUUCCGUAUCUGGAAGAUUCUGUUGGAGAUUUCUCAGGGGCUGCGAUACGUCCACGACGCUGGCUACAUCCACCUUGACCUGAAACCGGCCAACAUUCUCGUUACGUACGAAGGGCACCUGAAGAUUGGCGACUUUGGGCUGGCGACAGAGUGGCCUGCACCGAAGGGCAUCGAAGGCGAGGGAGACCGCGAGUACAUUGGACCAGAGAUUCUGCAAGGCAAAUAUGACAAGCCAUCAGACAUCUUCUCGCUGGGCUUGAUCGUGAUGGAGAUUGCCUGCAACGUCUUCCUACCAGACAACGGCCCUGUCUGGGUAGCUCUGAGAGAAGGGGACAUGUCCGUGGUUCCAAGUCUCACAGCGGGCGAGGCUAAUGCGUUGGCCCGAGACUCGGCUGGCAUGCCGAUUAUCGACGACGAUGGCCUCUCCCAAGAUGUGUUUAAUUUGAGGGACAGCCUUGACCUCGCAUCAGCAGACGAGUCUCCUUCGAGGCCGUUUGAUUUCGGCCGGCCGAGAUUCGCAUCUGGCAGCAUUUUCGGCCGUCAGCCGCCAAAAGUGAUCGGAGCCGAGCACCCACCAGACUUUAUGGUGGAUCAGCACAGCUCUGGCUCGCUCGACUCGGUCGUGUCCUGGCUUAUCAACCCAGACCCGGCAAGCCGCCCAACGGUGCAUCAGGUUCUGGAAAUCGACUCGCUCCGCUGGGUUCACGCGCGACGACGGGCACCGGCAACAAUUUUCGAAGGAAACUGGGGCCCUGAGAGCGACGAGACAAGUGCAGCGCCGAUCGGAGCGGAUACCGAGAUGAUGGACGUUUGA